ACAACGCGAACUGAAAUGUUCACUAGAGCGAACGGUGACCGUGAAAAUAUACCCAACGUUGCUAUCCUGAUCACCGACGGUAAUUCGACGAUAAACAUUGAACGGACUAUUCCGGAAGCUCAAGCAGCAAGGCAUAGAGGUAUUCUGCUCUACGCAAUCGGAAUUGGGCUGACCGACACCGAAGAAUUGAACGAGAUUACUGGUUCGGAACAGAAUCGCUAUUUCAUCGACAACUUUGACGAACUCGAACAAAAACUGGAGACGAUAUUCAAAAGUCUUUGCCCCGUGUCGCGGACUACGACAUUAGCCCCGCUAAAAUCUAAGUGCGGCCUGGCGACGGUCGAUGUGGUCAUUAUCAUUGACGCAUCGACAAGUGUCACGGAGGCGAACUUCAAGAAGAUGCUCGACUUCGUCAAAGACAUCGUGCAGUCGGGCGACAUCGAUUCCGGUGACGUUCGCGUUGGCGUCGUCAUCUACAGCACGGAAGUGGAGGUCCAGUUCCAUCUCAACCAGUACACCACGGAGGCAGACGUGGUCGCCGCUAUCGAUAAGAUCCCGUACAUUUACGGCAGCACCAACACUGCGGAUGCGCUGAAGACGAUGCACGAGCAGAUGUUCGUGACGUCACGAGGAGAUCGGCCGGAAGUGGAUAACGUCGCUAUCGUGCUUACUGACGGCGUUUCCAAUAUUAACUCGAGGCGAACGAUCCCGGAAUCGGAAGCUGCGCGAAACAAGGGCAUUGAAGUAUACGUUAUCGGUAUUUCCCUCACUGACAUCCGUGAGGUCGAGGGGAUGGCUUCGAUUCCCAAGACCAAGUACCUGUACAAUGUACAGAAGUUCGAGCAGCUCAAGGGUCUAGAGGAGGACAUAUUUGGAGGUGAACCCGGCACCGAUUGUGGCAAAAAACCUGUUAUGACAACUCCAAAACCAGAACCGAAAUGCGGCCUGUCGAAGGUGGACGCUGUCAUCAUUCUGGACGCCUCGACCAGUGUCACGGAGCCCAACUACAAGAAAAUGCUGAAAUUCUGCAAGGACAUCGUGGAUAAAGCCGACAUCGACAGCGGGAGUGUAAGGAUUGGUGUGGUGAUCUACAGCACAGACGUUGAAAUCCAGUUCCAUCUGAACCAAUACCGAACCGCCGACGAGGUCAAGGCAGCGAUCGACAAAAUUCCAUACAUUUACGGGAGCACGAACUCCGCCGAUGCCCUUAAAACGAUGCACAACACGAUGUUUACGGCGGCAAACGGCGACAGACCCGACGUGGAUAACAUCGCGUUCAUGGUAACGGACGGUGUGUCUAAUAUCAAUAGCAGACGAACAAUACCGGAAGCUGAGGCUGCGAGGAAUAAGGGCAUCAGGGUGUAUGCAAUUGGUAUCGGUCUCUCAGACACGAGGGAGUUGGAUGGCAUGGGCUCGGAACCGAAGUCCGAGAACGUGUUCAAUGUGAAGCAGUUCGACGAACUCAAUGACGUCAUCGAGAAGAUCUUCGGCGGAGAUUCCUCAGCUUGCGCGCCCGACCUCCCACCGGUCGCAAACGCCGGAAGUGACAUAGAGCGGCGAUUCCCAGUGGCGCUUAUUACCCUUGACGGCCGCGCCUCAAGCGACGACAAAGCCGUCGUCAAGUACACGUGGACGCUUCAGGACGGCACGCGGCUUCGAACGUGGAGCACAUCGACUGUAAACCUCGAUAACCAGCCCGUUGGUGUCUAUACCUUUACGUUGACUGUCGAGGACGAGAAAGGGCAGAGUGACAACGACACGGUCAGGGUCACCGUCCUGGCGCAAGAUUUACCGCCUGUCGCCAACGCCGGCUCCGAUAAGACCAUUCAACUUCCAAUCGACGCUGUGCUUCUGGACGGCAGAAACUCAACCGACGACCAGAAAAUCAUCCAGUACCUUUGGCGGCAGACAGGUGGCACUGCGGAUGGUCUAUUUAUAGAAGGGGAGGGCACCCCUCGACUUAUGGUCGAAAAUCUUGUAGAGGGAGAGUACUCGUUUACGCUUACGGUUUUUGACGCGCUCGGGCAGUCUGACGACGACAGUGUUAAUAUUUAUGUGAAAGCGGCUGAUAGACCACCGGUAGCAAAUGCAGGUGACGAUCAACAGGUUCAGUUGCCGGACAAUAACGUCACAUUGGACGGCAGGCGUUCCACCGAUGACGUCGCAGUGGUCAGUUACGCUUGGCGCCUCGUAAACGGCCAAUCCGAUGGCCUGAGGCUGACCGGGAAGGACGCUUCCGUUCUUAAAGUCGGGAACCUGAAAAGUGGACGUUACACCUUCGAGCUGACAGUGUCCGACGGGUCGAGGCAAACUGAUACCGACAUCGUGGACGUAGUCGUUCAAGCGCAAGAUGUUCCACCAAACGCUAACGCCGGUGAUGACAUCACAAUUCAGCUGCCGAGAAAUUACGUUGAACUCAACGGCGGUAGGUCCAGCGACGACGUUAAGAUCGUCGAUUAUUCGUGGGCGUUAACGUCAGGGAAACGUGGCGCUAUGGUCAUGGAGGGGAAUAGAAAAGCCAACGUGAAUGUUCGCAACCUCGAAGAAGGCGCGUACACCUUCACCCUAACCGUCAGAGACGAGCUGGGGCAGACGGACGAUGAUUCAGUGAAUAUUGUCGUCAAAGCGCAAGACAUCCCACCGAAGGCGAACGCAGGUAGUGACGUCACCGUUCAGCUACCAGACGACACGGUAACGCUGGACGGAUCACGUUCCUCCGAUGACGUCGCGAUAGUCAAUUACUCGUGGACACUUCUGGAUGGAGAAGCGGACGGUCUCGGAUUUGAGGGCGAGUUCACCGAAAGACUGACCGUGAAAAACCUGCGACCAGGAAACUACACAUUUUCACUCUCGGUUUACGACGAACUGGGCCAAGUCGACGAUGAUACGGUUGUAGUGAAUGUAAAAGCCCGCGAUUUGCCACCUAUUUCGAACGCCGGAAAUGACGUCACCAUUCAGCUACCAGACGACACGGUCAAGCUUGAUGGCACUCGGUCAUCAGACGAUGUGAAGGUGGUGAGCUAUUUUUGGUCCCUGGAAGAUGGCAACUCUGACGGGCUCGAACUUGAUGGGCUAACAUCAAGUGUGCUCACCGUGAAACGUCUGCGGCAGGGAAAAUAUACGUUCACCUUGACCGUUCAUGAUGACGCAGGGCAGGUCGACAAGAAUGACGUCAUCGUUAACGUAAUAGCGCAAGAUUUUCCUCCCGUGGCGAAUGCGGGCGGCGACGUCAUGAUACAGUUGCCCGUAGAUACGGCUACUUUAAAUGGAUCCCUUUCAACGGACGACGUAAAACUCGUCCGUUACGUUUGGAUGCUAGAACAGGGCGCCGUCGACGGGCUUGUAUUGGCUGGAGACGACACGCCCGUUUUAGAUGUGAAAAAUUUGAAGGAAGGCAUAUAUACGUUUGCCUUGACCGUGUUUGAUCAACUAGGGCAAACAGAUUCUGACAGAGUUAUGGUGAUAGUGUCAGCGAGGGACAAUCUGCCAGUCGCCAAUGCCGGGAGUGACGUAACAAUUCAACUUCCGGUCAACUCGGUGACGCUGGACGGCAGCAGAUCAACGGACGAUAACGGCGUUGCCCGUUACCUGUGGAGUGGCGACCGCCGCGUCCGGCUCGCUGACGUCAACUCAGUGCGUCCGCUGGUGGAAGGGCUAGUAGAGGGGGUGUACCGAUUCAACCUCACGGUGUUCGACGCCUUGGGGCAGGCGGAUGAAGAUUAUGUAGACGUGACGGUUAGAGCUGCUGAUAAGCCGCCGAAUGCUGUCGCCGGCGAAGACAUCGUUAUCACGUUGCCACGAAACUCCGUAACGCUUGACGGAAGUCGAAGCUCCGAUGACGUAGGCAUAGUGCGCUAUCGGUGGCGUCUGAGCGACGGAGACGAGAGAGCCGUGACGAUGAGAGGAGACAGGACAUCGGUUCUGCAGCUCACCGACCUGCGACCGGGCGCUUACACGUUCUCAUUGACCGUCGUCGACGCAAAGGGACAAAAUGACGUCGACAACGUUACUGUUAUUGUACAGCCUGCACCGACAACUCCUCAACCAGCGUGCGGACUUGCCGCCACUGACCUGGUGUUCGUCGUAGACGCGUCCACAAGCGUGACGGAGACAAACUUCCAGAAGCAGCUGUUGUUUAUGAAGUCCAUCGUCGAGUAUGCCGAUAUUGACUCUGGGAGCGUUAGGGUAGGAGCGCUGAUAUACAGCACGGAGGUGGAGGUCCAGUUCUACUUGAACCAGUACACGACCAAGCAAGCCGUCCUGGAGGCUGUGAGCAAGAUCCCCUACAUCUACGGCAGCACCAACACCGCGGACGGACUGAAAGUCAUGAGGGACCAGUUGUUCAGCUUUAGAAACGGCGACAGAGAUGACGCCACGAACGUCGCCAUGGUGAUAACGGACGGUGUCUCCAAUAUCAACUCUCGAAGAACCAUUCCGGAAGCCCAACAGUCACGUGACGUCGGAAUUCACAUUUACGCCAUCGGUAUCGGCCUUACGGAUACCAGGGAACUGGAGGCCAUGGCGUCGGAGCCGUCGGCGUCCAACACGUUCGCCGUCAGCGACUUCACGGAACUGCAGGGCCUGGAGAAGCGCAUCUUCCAGUCCAUUUGUAAAGAAACACCCGCCCCUGCUACCACUACCAUUAUGACCACUACACCAGCUCCAGUAGUAGAAAAGCCGUGCGGACUCGCAAAGACGGAUCUGGUUUUCAUUCUCGACGCCAGCACGAGCGUCACGGACGCCAAUUUCCAGAAGAUGCGAGAUUUCCUUAAGGAAUUCCUCUCCAACGCCGACAUCGACUCUGGUUCCAUUAGAGUCGGCAUUAACCUCUACAGCACCGACGUUGACGUCCAGUUCCAUUUAAACCGGUACACCACAUCUCGUGACGUCAUGGCGGCUGUUGACCGCAUACCGUACAUCUACGGAUCGACCAACACGGCCGACGCGCUGAAGUCGAUGUCCGAGGUUAUGUUCACGCCCGCAAAUGGUGACAGGCCGGACGCCCCGAACGUGUGCAUCCUGUUGACGGACGGCGUGUCGAAUAUUAACAGCCGUCGAACGAUACCGGAAGCGGAAGCAGCCCGAGCCAAGGGCAUCCACCUGUACGUGAUCGGUAUCGCCCUCCAAGACACUCGGGAGGUGGAUGCCAUAGCCACGCCGCCGGCAGCCGACAACAGCUUCCACGUGGAGACCUUCGACCAACUGAAGGGUCUACAUAAGACGAUAUUCAGCGCCUCAUGCCCAGACGACCCACCGAGGGCGAAUGCCGGACCCGACAGAACCGUCCAGCUUCCGGAAGAAUACGUGAUCAUUUCCGGCGACGGCAGCAAGGACGAUAUCGGCAUCGUGAAGUACGAGUGGAGCCAGAUAUACGGCCCCGCCGUCCAGGUCAAUCUGACCAACGACCCGCGGUUGACGCUUCGGGACCUCCAACCCGGAACCUACGUGCUCGAACUCACAGUCACGGACAUGCUCGGACAGGAGGACACCGACAACGUAACACUCGUCGUUGUUGCGCAGGAUGCACCACCCGUUGCGAACGCCGGCGCCGAUCAAACAAUUCAACUUCCAGACAACAGCGUCAAUCUAGACGGUUCUAGAAGCACGGAUGACGUCCGUAUCAUAACGUACCGCUGGAGGUUGACGUCAGGGGAUGACCGCGGUGUGCGUUUGACAGGCGACAGAACGCCAAGGUUGAACGUUAUCGGUUUGAAACAGGGCGAAUACGUUUUCACGCUUACGGUUGAAGACGGAAAAGAACAGUUGUCAACCGACGACGUCAGGAUUAUUGUUCAACCAUCGGACGCGCCACCAGUUGCAAACGCCGGUACAGAUCAGACCAUUCGUCUUCCAAAUAACAACGUCAUUCUAGACGGUUCAAGAAGCACUGACGACGUCAGGAUCAUAACGUACCGCUGGCGGCUUACGUCAGGGGAUGACAGCGGUGUGCGUUUGACGGGCGACAGAACGCCAAGGUUGAACGUUAACGGUUUGAAAGAGGGCGAAUAUGUUUUCCAGCUAACGGUUGAAGACGGAAAGGAACAGUUGUCGAACGACGAGGUCAGGGUGUUUGUGCAAGCAGUUCCUGACGCACCUCCUGUUGCGAACGCGGGCCCAGAUCAGACACUUCAACUUCCGACCAACCGCGCCAUUCUCGAUGGCACUAGAAGCACUGAUGACGUCAGAAUUGUGACGUACAAUUGGAAGCUGAAGUCGGGUGACGAUAGUGGAGUGCGCAUGACAGGCGAUAGAACGCCGAGGCUUAGCGUUGAAGGUCUUAAGGAAGGAGAAUACGUGUUUACGCUCACUGUGUCCGACGGAAAAGAACAGCUGUCGACUGAUGAGGCUAGAAUCGUUGUUCAAGCGGAACCCAACGCGCCGCCGGUAGCGAACGCCGGCCCAGACCAGACCAUCCGUCUGCCAGUGGACAACGUCGUUCUCGACGGAAGCAAAAGCACCGACGACAAACGUAUCGUGACGUACCGCUGGAAGUUAACCACCGGAGACAGCAGAGGCGUGCGUUUGACGGGCGACAGGACGCCGCGAUUGAGCGUUGCCGGCUUGAAAGAGGGAGAAUACGUCUUCCAACUGGAGGUGUCCGACCAAAAUGAGCUUCUCGAUUAUGACGAGGCUAGAGUUGUUGUUCAAAGAGCCCCGCGAGUAACCGGCUAUGAUGUAAUUUUUGUACUGGAUUCUUCGGUAACCCCCGAGCAUUUCCGAUGGAUGAUCAAUUAUACCCGGGAUGCCGUCCGUCAAAUGAACAUUGAUGACGAAGAGUUUAGGGUCGGGUACCUGAUCUACAGCAACACUGGCUAUAAACAGUUUGACCUUAAAGACCAUUUGACGAAGGCAGAUGUUCAGGCGGCCGUUAACAGGGUUGUGUACAGACCAGGCACUAAAAAUACCGCCGCGGCCUUAAAGCAUGUACGUACCAAGAUGUUCACUCCAGAGAACGGGGACCGGGAUUUCGCCAAGAAUUACAUCAUCCAUUUGACCGGAAACGGCACGAGUGAUGACCCCUUCGAGGCUGCAACUGAAGCAUGUACCAUCCAGGGACAGGGGGUCGGAAUGUUUGGCGUCGGAUUCGGCGACGUUCGCAAUCGAGACGAGCUUGACGCGCAGUCCUCUGUGCCCACGUCUGAUUGGGCACUCACGAUCCGAAACGAGGCGGCCAUCGGCGAAACACCCGGACUCAUGUUGUACGGAAUCAAAAAUCGGACGCCAAGACCGUCACAAUGUCCUGAAAAAGCCACCCACGCACCUUCCGAGUGCUUCGCGUCGGCUGACGUCGUCUUCGUUCUCGACUCGAGCGGCUCCGUCGGUCAAGACAACUUCUACCGUCUGCUCAACUUCACCUAUCAGACUGUUGACGGCCUUGACAUUGAUAGCGGACGCUUCAGGGUCGGGGUCACGACCUUUAGUGACACCUCAAGGCUCGAUUUUAACCUGAACGAGUUCAAAAACAAGCGCGACAUCGAGGAUGCACUGACAAAGGUGGUGUACAUGUAUGGAAACACGCACACUGCGCAUGCGCUGCGACGGGCGCGUCUAGAAAUGUUCACUGCCCCGUCUGGUGAUAGACUUGACGUACCAAAUGUCGUUGUGAUUAUCACUGACGGACAGUCGAAUGUCAACCACGAACUUACGAUCCCAGAAGCAAGAAUGCUAAAGGCGGCUGGCGUUUCCAUCAUCACUCUUGCCGUAGGAUUCACAUCGGAGACCAGCGAACUCGUCGGCAUCACGUCUGAGCCUGUCCAGAAAAAUCUCAUUUACAUCGAAAACUAUGAGUCUCUGGGGAAAGUGAAGGAACAACUGAUCUCUCCUCUUUGCACGGAUUCCAACCUGUGCAGCCGUAGCCCGUGCGCUAGAGGUGUCUGCUUGGACGGCAUCCGCUCGUACGUUUGCCAAUGCCCGGACGGCUUUUUUGGCACACAUUGUGAAAAGCAAUGCGGCGAACCGUCCGACGUGGUGAUCGUUCUUGACUCCUCCAACACAGUGGGCCAGUACAACUUCGGUCGCCUCAAGGAGUAUGCGCAGCACCUUGUACGACAGAUGAACAAGGACUCCUGCGAUAUCAAUAUCGGCUUCAUGAAGUACAGUUCUAACGCAAUGGUGCAGGUCCCUCUAGGUCAGUAUGCGGACACCGACACAAACAUCCAAGCUCUCGAUCAGAUAUCCUACAGCCGUGGUAGGGCCAAUAUGGCGGCCGCUUUUAGGGCCAUCAGAACGGAAAUGUUCAACGGCAGACGCGGUGAUCGAACAACCGCGAAAAACAUUGCAUUCGUCUUGACCGACGGCACGAACGAUGUUCAUCGGGAAAUGACGGAACCAGAAGCAGAACUGACGAUCUCCAGUGGAAUAAGAAUUAUCCCGAUUGGUAUCAAUCUUCGUGAGCGAUACGAGCUGGAUAACAUUGCCGAGAAGCAGGGAAUCAACGUUAUCGAAAUCAGAGACGAGAUUGGUCUACUGCAAAGCACUGAUGUUAUUCUCGAUACGCUGCGCAAAGGAAAGGAUUUCUGCUCCGAGAAUCCAUGUAGGAACGGUGGAAGCUGUAAAAACGAGGCGUUUGGAUACACAUGUGAAUGUGCCGUUGGCUUUACUGGGGAUUCCUGCACACAGAGUUGUUCUGCCAAGGGUGACGUUGUGUUUGUGGUUGACACCUCAAGAUAUGUGACGAGGAAGGAGCUGAAGAGUAUUCGCAAGUUCAUGCGUUCAAUUGUGAACCGACUCAAGUUCCACAAGGACGAGUUCAGCAUGGGUAUGGUGCAGUUCACCAACAACGCCCACGUGACCUUGACCUUGGACGAGGGUCACUCGAAGAAGGCCGUCCGCUCUGCGAUUGCUGGAUUAAGAGUACACGGAGGUGACCCUGAGCCCGCCCAAGCCCUCGCCAAGGCCGCAUUCCGCAUCUUCAAGGGCCGCGGGGAGAGCAGAGAGAAGCCUGACUACAUGAUCCUGGUCACCAAGAGCAUGAGGGAUGAAGAGAAGAUCUUGACGGAGGCCAACAAGCUGAAGAUCGACGGCACCAGAAUCCUCGGCGUCGGCAUGGGUCUUACUGCUGACGAACAAGAGUACAUGAAGUCUGUUGUAUCCAUGCCCUUCCGUGACACCGCGAUGUUUACCAACGAGACCACGGAUCUGGAGCUAAUUGCCGACAAGAUCGUGCAGUUCAUGUGCGAGGACGAGAACCUGUGCGCGGAGAACCCGUGCCGAAAUGGCGGCAAGUGCCUCAGAGUGGGUGGAGACUUUUACUGCGAAUGUGGCGUCGGAUACGCUGGAAGAUACUGUGAGAACAAAUGCAACGCACGUGCCGACAUUGUGUUCCUGCUGGACUCUAGUGGAAGUGUCGGCCACGUGGAUUUCCGGAAUGUCAAGCAGUUUGUGACCAGAAUGGUGAGCGACCUCCAGAUUGGUCGAGACGCCUCCAGGAUUGGUCUCGCCACCUACAGCAGCAAGAGCAGGCACGGUUUCUUCAUGAACAAGUACCAGGACCUGUUCCAACUACAGAACGCCAUCGAGGGCAUCAGUUACGAGUACGGUAACACGAACACUGCCGAGGGACUCCGAAUGAUCCGCGAACACUACUUCAACGGGCAAAAUGGGGACCGCAAAGAGAUUCAGGACUUCUUGGUCGUCCUGACCGACGGUGUGUCCAAUGUGAACCCUGACCAGACACUUGUAGAGGCAAAACUGAUGAAAGACAAAGGUGUACAUAUCUACGCCGUCGGCGUCGGUGAUUUUGACUCGACGGAGAUCAAGCGGCAUAGCCAGCAACCCCGCCUCCAAGAACGCCUUCUUGCUGCGUGACUACACCGCCCUCUCCAUACGUAUCGAGCAACAUCGUGCGAGCCACGUGCAGGGACCCCAGCGUAUGUGAAAAUAACCCCUGCAAGAAUGGAGGCAUCUGCGUCCCAGGAAUCAACGGACUGUUCUGUGAAUGCCGCGUUGGCUACCGUGGAGAGUUCUGCAACGAAU